AAAGAAAAAGAAAAAAGGAAAAAACCCAACUCUGCAAUCCUCUGCUCCCCCCCAGGCUCAGCACCAUAAGGGACUGCUAUAUUUCAGGCUGUCAGGAGGAUGGGAGAGAGACACUGAGAGUCAGGGCGAGAGAGAGAAACGGUGCCUCAGCAGCGAUUGCCAGAAGGGACUCCUAAUACAUUUUGAUGCAGUUCAGCCCCUGAGCAUCAUCAGUUUUCAGUCAUACAAGCACUGUUCCGUGGAGAUCAUUUGUUUUGAAGGACAGCUUCUGUACAGCUAGCAGGAGAGUUGAGGCUAAGCUUUAAUGAAGAAGCAUCAGCAUUGCUAACAAUUGCACAAAGAAGGACUGAAGACCUUUGCGACCAAUGAUGUGGUUGUCAUGGAAACUGUUUCUGUUUCUGUCACUUACUGGCUGUCUUUCAGAUUAUUCAGAAGCUGUUCCUGGUCUCCCCACUUCAUAUGCUGCUAUCCUAAGAAUUAAAUCUGGUAGCUCACCUUUAGCCUCAUUUAAUUCAAAGAACAGACCUCGCUUAAGCAGUCCUUCAAUAGGAAGUCUGUCUUCACCGGGCUGGAGAGGAGCUGCACAACAUUAUCACUCCCCAACAAAUCUUCACCACUUUUCAGAAGCCUUCAAACAGGAUGAAAGUGUUGACUAUGGGCCGGUGUUUGUACAAGAGCCAGAUGAUGUAAUCUUUCCAACUGAUUCUGAGGAGAAGAAAGUAUCUCUGAAUUGUCAAGCUCGUGGAAAUCCUACUCCCACAUACAGAUGGCUUCGAAAUGGAACUGAAAUUGACAUUGAAAGUGAUUAUCGCUUCAGUUUAAUAGAAGGAAGUUUGAUCAUCAACAACCCCAGUGAAAUGAAGGAUUCUGGACAAUAUCAGUGUUUAACCACCAACACAUUUGGCAGUAUUUUAAGCAGAGAGGCUGUUCUUCAGUUUGCAUAUCUGGGGAAUUUUAGUGGUCGGACAAGAAGUGCUGUCUCUGUACGUGAAGGUCAAGGAGUGGUUCUGAUGUGCUCCCCUCCACUUCAUUCGCCAGAGAUCAUCUAUAGCUGGGUUUUUAACGAAUUCCCAUCUUUUGUGGCAGAAGAUAGCAGACGCUUCAUCUCUCAGGAGACAGGCAAUCUCUACAUCUCCAAGGUGCAAACAUCUGAUGUUGGCAGCUACAUAUGCCUGGUAAAAAACACAGUGACAAAUGCCAGAGUUUUGAGUCCUCCUACACCUCUGACACUAAGAAAUGAUGGUGUGAUGGGGGAAUAUGAACCAAAAAUUGAAGUCCAUUUUCCUUACACAGUUACAGCUGCAAGGGGAGCUACUGUUAAGAUGGAGUGUUUUGCACUUGGCAACCCUGUUCCAACAAUCUCUUGGAGGAAAGUUAAUGGCCAUAAUCCAAGUAAAGCUCGCCUGAGAAAAUCCCAAGCUGUGCUCGAAAUACCUAAUGUGCAGCUAGAGGAUGCAGGGACGUAUGAAUGUAAGGCUGAAAACUCACGUGGAAGAAAUGUCUUCAGAGGACAACUGCAAGUGUACACCUACCCACAUUGGGUGGAGAAACUGAAUGAUACUCAAUUAGACAGUGGAGAUCAGCUCCGAUGGGAAUGCAAAGCCACCGGAAAGCCAAGGCCCACAUAUCGUUGGCUAAAAAACGGAGUUCCUCUCUGGCCACAGAGCAGAAUUGAGAUGGUUAAUGGUGUUCUGAUGAUCCACAGUGUCAAUCUCUCAGAUGCUGGCAUGUAUCAGUGCUUAGCAGAAAAUAAGUAUGGCACCACUUAUGCCAGUGCUGAGCUGAAGAUUUUAGCUUCAGCUCCCACAUUCCCACUAAAUCAAAUGAGGAAAACAAUAAUUAUUACCAAGGGCCAGGAAGUUGUCAUUGAGUGCAAGCCAGAAGCCUCUCCAAAGCCAACUAUCACUUGGAAGAAAGGAGAUAAAGCAUUAAAGGAAAGUAAGAGGGUAACUAUUCUUCCACAUGGGAGUCUGCGAAUCCUGAAUGCUACCAAGUCUGAUGAAGGACGAUACUUAUGCCAAGGUGUAAAUGUAUUUGGAUCUGCAGAAAUUGUUGCAUCCGUAUCUGUUAAAGAACCUACAAGAAUAGAGCUGACUCCCAAGAAGAUGGAGUUAACAGUUGGAGAAAGCAUUGUCCUCAGUUGCAAAGCCCUUCAUGACAGCACACUAGAUGUCACUUUCUAUUGGACACUCAAUGGGCAGCCAAUUGACUUUGAAAAAGAAGGUGGACACUUUGAAAGCAUCAAAGCACAAGCGUCCUCUGCAGAUCUGAUGAUCAGAAACAUCCUCCUGAUGCACGCCGGGAGGUACGGCUGCAGGGUGCAGACGGCGGCAGACACUGUGUCAGACGAGACGGAGCUGCUCGUUAGAGGUGCUCCUGGUCCCCCAGGGGUUGUAAUAGUGGAGGAAAUUACAGACACCACAGCAACACUCUCCUGGAGUCCUGGGGCAGAUAAUCACAGCCCUAUCUCUCUCUACAACCUACAAGCACGCAGUCCAUUUUCUCUUGGCUGGCAGACCGUAAAAACAGUUCCAGAUGUGAUAAGUGGUGACAUGGAGUCUGCUAUGGCUGUUGAACUGAACCCUUGGGUGGAGUAUGAGUUCAGAGUUGUAGCAACCAACAAAAUCGGGACGGGAGACCCUAGUACACCAUCACGAGUGAUCAGAACCAAUGAAGCAGUUCCAAAGACACCCCCAGCUAAUGUAAGUGGCAGAAGUGGAAGGCGACAUGAAUUAGUAAUAGCAUGGGAGCCAGUAUCAGAAGAGUUUCAGAGUGGAGAAGGAUUUGGAUACAUUGUAGCCUUCAGACCCAAUGGAACACGUGGCUGGAAGGAAAAAAUGGUGACAUCUUCAGAUGCCUCCAAGUUCAUCUACAGAGAUGAGAGUGUGCCACCUCUGACUCCUUUUGAGGUGAAAGUUGGUGUUUACAACAACAAAGGAGAUGGUCCCUUCAGCCCUAUUGUGGUCAUCUGCUCGGCUGAAGGAGAGCCCACUGCUGCUCCCAUCGAUGUCAAAGCUACGAGUUUGUCUGUAUCAGAGAUUCUUGUUGCGUGGAAACAUAUUAAAGAAAGUCUAGGAAGACCGCAGGGAUUCGAGAUUGGUUACUGGAAGGACAUGGAGCAGGAAGAAGCAGCAGAAAAGGUCAAAACCGAGGGAAAUGAUUCAUCCAUCCUCCUGACAGGAUUAGAAGGAAACACAUUGUAUCACCUAACAGUGAGGGCAUACAACGCUGCAGGGUACGGACCACCUAGUGCUGCUGUGCGUGCAGCAACCAAGAAGUCCCCUCCAAGCCAAGCACCAAGCAAUAUUAUGUGGAUACAGGAUGGUUCUCAUGUGUCUCUUGGUUGGGAGCCAGUCAGACCUCUAGCUAACGAAUCUGAUGUAAUGGGAUACAAGGUAUUAUUUAGGCAAGAAGGCCAGAGCAACAGUCAAGUUAUAGAAACACAGAAAACCUCUGCAGUGGUACUUCUUCCUGAUGUUGGUGUCUAUAUCAUUGAGGUCUGUGCAGUCAGUGAAGGAGGUGAUGGGACUGCGAGUCCCCAGAUCAGAGUUCCAUCUUUUUCAGGAGGGAAAGUAACGAGUGCUCAAUCCACCUUACACGUGUUGACCACUUCCUCGUCCUCUGUAACAUUGCUUUUGGCACUGAUAGUUCCUUCAACCUCAUGGUGAAGACUGCAGACUUUGUUGUUGUUAUUUGUUUGCUUUAGCUCGAUGACACCAAGGGAUGGAGUUUUACAACCAUGGAGAAAAUGGAAACCCAAGCUAAUGCUUAAAGACCCAUAGAAGUGCCUGUGAUGCACUUAGAGGAGUGUUGGAGACACGUUCAAUAAUUCAUCAGGUUUUUUUUCUCUCAAUUUUGUUUUUAAAGUCCUCUGGGGAGGGGACAGUUUUUGGCCCCAAAAAUAUGCAGAUUGUAUGUAAUAAACUUUUGUAAGGAAAUGUAAUUUCUGUCAAACGUAGUUUACUUUUUUAAGAUGUUCAAUUUUGGUGACCCCAGUCAUGUAUCAUUAGGUGUUUAAACAGUGAUGUCUAGUACAGUACAUCUGUUUGGUUCGAAAAAAAAAAAAUAAAUAUAGAACAAAGUUUGGUACAGCUUUGACAAACACACUUCUUGCAUCCCCUACGCCUGGUUGUUCCAACUGACAAGAGGGAAAAAUACAGAAAUAUAGUUUAGAUAGACAGCCCACUGCAAAAGUACAGAGAAUUUGUUCUGAAAAUGUAUGAAUAUGUAUUUAAUUAGCAAAAAGUAUUGUCAGUACAAUUCUAGACAGUGCACUCUAUAAGUGGCAAAAUGGAGCAAGAAAAAUAAGCCAUUUUUUUAUUGCAAGGUAAAUGGAAAAUUAUUAAAUAGAAAUUUACAAAGAAACAAGUUUGUUUUUCAUCAACUACCAUAUGGUUUAAUGUGAAAUGAAUCACAAAUUUAUUUUCAAUAGCAGAAAAAAUCAAUUUCUAAUGCAUAUGACAAUGCAAACUCCACUGGGUAUUUAAACAUGGCUGCUAAGUGGACAAAUAAAGCAAUGCAAGGAGGUAAUUUUUCCAACCAUUCCAACCAUUUCUCAGUUCUAACUUCUUUUCCUCUGGGUCCAUUUUUAGAAACAUUCUGUACUUCGUAUAUUUGGUAAUCAAAUGUAAGUAUAUAUGAAAGCAUAUUAUGGAGACAAUAUCAAGGGUUUUUUUAAUUGUAAUCAGUGAAAUAUAUUUACGUACUCCAGAGGGAUGUACUUUGGAGAAUGCUGUGUCUGAAAAAUAAAUAUAUUUGUAUAAGUGCUACUGAGCAUCAUUCCAGUUAUUCAGCUAAUUGGCUCUAUUUCUGUAGCUCACUAGAGAUUAUUCCUGUAGGGACUGUAUGCUAACAGUUUUAAUCCCCAUUUUUUUGGUACCAAACAAUUUUUCACUCAGUAGACAAUUUGGACAAUAUUUUCUAUAUUGGAAUGCCUUUCUGCAUAUUGUCACCUGAAUCGUAAUGAUCCCCAGUGUACAUGAUGUGAAUGUUUGUACAAUUACGGUGUGCAAGGUGUUAUGAGGGAGGGUGUUUCUCUACUAUAUGUCUAGGGAUUGUACCUGGGAUUAUACCUAGGAUAGACAUUCCUUAGUCUAGGAAAAGUCAAGUCAACAGAGUUUAACAGGCGAGUCCUAACAGCUUAUUUUUUCUAGCUGUCUAUCUCUCUAAAGCUUUUAUGCAAAUUUAUUUUGGUUGAUGGGUUCUGCAUCUAAAAUGCUAUUAUUUUGCCAGCUUGGUAGCAAAAUUAUGUUUAACUAGGUACACUCUAACUGUGUCCUUUCUUAGCAGCUUUAAAAUAAGUAGCCAAGAAAGCACAAAACAGACCAAGUAGGUAAAAAGCUGAUUGUUUACUAUUUUUUUUUUCUUUUUCAUAUUUUAUCAGCAAACUUUUCAGAGAUGGUUCAAGUCAAAUCUUUAUUAUCCAUUAAAAUGAAUGAUUUUCUAAAAAGUAGUAGACUGUAGAUACAGACAGAAGGAGAUCUCUGCUUCUGGAAAAGCCUUUAAGAUCAGAGACAGGAAAGUGGAAAGCACCGUGCUGAGAGAGCAAACUCAUAGAAAGUAUCUGCUUGCUGUCAUUUGUAGAACAGCAGCAUUGCUUUUGCAAACCGUUGUUCUUCAAAAAAGAUUAAAAUAAACAAGAGAAAGUGAUGAACCAAAAAGCAAAAUGGCUAUUUUAUAAAUUACUUAAGCAUAAUUUCCUCUAUUUUUUUAUACAGUUCCUUGCCAGUGCAGUUUAUUUGAGUAUUCAAAAAGGCUACAGUCACAGUUGGUGACGUUUUGGUCAAAAAACUUUCUGAAUACAAUAAAUGGCUAUACUUUAAAAGAAGAAUGAAAAUCUGAUAAGGAGAUAGAGCUGUACCUAGUUAUAUCUUGAUCUCUAGUGUCAAGAUACAAAGAGAAAUACUGAACAUACCAUCAGGUAAUGUAGUUGUAUUGCAGGGACAAAAAGGGGUACGUUUUUAUAUUCAACAUGAACAGAAUAUGUAUUUUGCAUCUUAAAUAUAUUAAUAAACAUGUUUUAAAUGUUUAAGUACCUAUGUAUUACCUAUUUGUUACUUUGUAGAAUAAGGUGUUUCCUUAUAACAUUAUUUUUUAGUUGCAAUGGAGAGCUUUUAGCUUUUUCAUGUAAGAGAUUGUAAUAGUGCAGUCUAGCAUAGCUGAGGAGACUGUAUUUUUGUAUAAUGCCACAAGAGUUGUUUGGAAAAAAAUAAUUAGAAAGAAACUUUGUUUUGCAGACCAAAAGAAGAUGCUGUCAUGGCCCAUAUCAAAAUGUUAGAUAUAUUGUAUACAAUCUGUAUAUAUGCUAUAUAUAAUGGUAUAUACGAUGUGGAAGACACAGUAAUACAAUAGCUCCUGUGUACUGUUCUUGUAACAUUAGAUCUUUUUAAUAAAUAAUUCUCUUUUUAUUGACUUUUA